AGAAAGGAGAGAGAGGGGAGUCAUUCGGAGGAGAAACGAGAAGAUAACUGGACGGUGUUGCUCCGAAUUAAGAAGGAGUAUUAUUGUUGAUCCAAUUUAUUGAUGUCCUGCUCUACCGUGUUUACCACUUUACCCUCGUUAACUGUAUUUUAUGUGCUGUAAGCGCGGUGCUCACCUUUAAUAAAGGCGGAAUUUAAAAGAUUGCAAAAAAUGCAUGAAACACGAUCCAGAAUGGCGCAGUUACGAGCACAGGAAAUGGGAGAACAAAUAGACCCAGUGAUUGGAAAUCAAAUACAUGUAAAUGAAGAUCCUGCUGAUGCGCAAGGACCACUCAUUAUUGAUGAUCAACAAAUAGACCCACCGAUUGCAAAUGUUGAUCUUGCUGCACAAGAUGGAUGUACACAUCUAUCAGGGAAUGGCGAACGUCAACACAGACGACCAUCCGACUAUUGCAGACCUUUAAUAGGCCGACUUCGGAGCUUUAUCGAUAAUCAUCGAGCCCAAAUCGAAACUGAUUUAAGAAACCACCAACAACAACAAAGAAAGAAUCGGGAAGACCUUGAGUUGCUCCUUAAUGAAAGAAAUGAACACCUGAAUCAAUCCGAGAGAGAUUUAAACGCGAUGGUAGAAGAAUUGGAGACGGAUUUUCGGCGACAAGAAGAUGAACUUAUAAGAAGACGUGAUGAACUUGAUCAGCGUGAAAGUCAACUCCACCAAAGAGAAAUACGUACGAAUCACCGUUUUCAUUUUAACGAACAACGCACCAUAUAUCUGCAUAAUUUUGAAAGAACAUUAAUGCACAGAGAAUGACGGAUCCUACCACAAUUAAACCGGCGACAUCAACCUCGACAUCAACACGAUCAACACAGAGGCGGGGAACCACUUCGUCGGUAAACGGUUAUAUCCUUUUGUAAACUUUCAUAAAUACCAUAACUGUAAUCAACGAAAAUACACAGCAUUAGAUUGAAAUAAAUUUACAAUUACAAAUUCAUAUUUUUCAGCAUUGGCACGGGGACA